AAGAUAUUUAAAGACGCGGGCGCCAGGCGUAGAUCCCUGCCUCGCGCCGUCCGGCCCCAUUCGCUGAGUUCGUCAUUCCUAGCGGAAGCGCCGCCAACAUGUCUGAUAAACUGCCCUACAAAGUCGCGGACAUUGGACUGGCUGCGUGGGGACGAAAGGCCUUGGACAUAGCUGAAAAUGAGAUGCCAGGUUUGAUGCGGAUGCGGGAGAUGUACUCGGCAUCCAAGCCGCUGAAGGGUGCUCGCAUUGCUGGCUGCCUGCACAUGACUGUGGAGACGGCUGUCCUCAUUGAGACUCUCGUGGCCCUGGGUGCGGAGGUGCGGUGGUCCAGCUGCAACAUCUUCUCUACUCAGGACCACGCAGCAGCUGCCAUUGCCAAGGCGGGCAUUCCAGUGUAUGCCUGGAAGGGCGAGACAGACGAAGAGUACCUGUGGUGCAUUGAGCAGACGCUGCACUUCAAAGAUGGACCUCUCAACAUGAUUCUGGAUGAUGGUGGUGACUUAACUAACCUCAUCCAUACCAAGUACCCACAGCUUCUGUCAGGCAUCCGAGGCAUCUCUGAGGAGACCACGACUGGGGUCCACAACCUCUACAAGAUGAUGGCCAAUGGGAUACUGAAGGUGCCUGCCAUCAAUGUCAACGACUCUGUCACCAAGAGCAAGUUUGACAACCUCUAUGGCUGCCGGGAGUCCCUCAUAGAUGGCAUCAAACGAGCCACAGAUGUGAUGAUUGCGGGCAAGGUGGCGGUGGUGGCAGGCUAUGGCGAUGUGGGCAAGGGCUGUGCCCAGGCCCUGAGGGGUUUUGGGGCCCGAGUCAUCAUCACCGAGAUUGACCCCAUCAAUGCACUACAAGCUGCCAUGGAGGGCUAUGAGGUGACCACCAUGGACGAGGCCUGUAAGGAGGGCAAUAUCUUUGUCACCACCACAGGCUGUGUUGAUAUCAUUCUUGGCCGGCACUUUGAACAGAUGAAGGACGAUGCCAUUGUGUGUAACAUUGGACACUUUGACGUGGAGAUUGAUGUGAAGUGGCUCAAUGAGAACGCUGUGGAGAAGGUGAACAUCAAGCCCCAGGUGGACCGCUACAGGCUGAAGAAUGGGCGCCGCAUCAUCCUGCUGGCUGAAGGCCGGCUGGUCAACCUGGGUUGUGCCAUGGGCCAUCCCAGCUUCGUGAUGAGCAACUCCUUCACAAACCAGGUCAUGGCCCAGAUUGAGCUGUGGACCCACCCAGAUAAAUACCCCGUUGGGGUUCACUUCUUGCCUAAGAAGCUGGAUGAGGCAGUGGCUGAAGCCCACCUGGGCAAGCUGAAUGUGAAGCUGACCAAGCUGACUGAGAAGCAGGCCCAGUAUCUGGGCAUGCCCAUUGAUGGCCCCUUCAAGCCUGAUCACUACCGCUACUGAGAGACAGGACUGUCCUUCACCUUCCAGCUGCCAUCCUUACUCCAGGCCCUACCUCUCUUUCCCAAGAGCACAUGUCACCAACUUUGCAGUUGCUUCGCCAGUGUUCGUCCCGCUGAGGCUGGUUACUCUGGCUGGUCUCUGUUGUGUCCUUCAUACUGUUCUAGGUGUGGUGAGGGGAACUGAGAGUCUCCAGUCAAGAUAAGAGGUACCUGGGAGCGAUCCACAGGGGACACGAGCUUCGGAGUCUUGGAAGUCCUGAGGCUGGAUGUGGCUAGUGGUGGUCACAAGCCCAUGCAUCUUACCAUCCAGACCCUCACUUGGGCUUUAUUAGAUCCAUGUGCUUAGUUUCUCAGCCCGGGACAGGGCAGGAGCCACUGGAGUUUGGAGGGGCUUCCUCAGAGCUUAUUUACCAUUGGGCCGUCUCUUAAACCUCAGAAUACUGAGGUUGGCACUUUUGGUCCCUGUUUCACGGGGUUAGAAUAGAUUAAGAGAUAACCAAGAAAGGAAAAGUGACAGCUAGAGAUUGAAAGGGACCAGAAAAAACAAAUAGGCUAAGGUCUGUCACUGUCUUGUAAUUGAUGGUUUUGUGACAAGCCUGGGUCACAAAAAGACUAAUUUGAUUUAUAGUGUCUAGAAUGUUAACAAAGGAAGGUGGAUUAAAUAAAAUUUCUGGUGCCUAAAGAAA